AUGUCUGCAGAAGUCCCCGAGGCAGCCUCCGCGGAGGAGCAGAAGGAAAUGGAAGAUAAGGUGACGAGUCCAGAGAAAGCUGAAGAAGCAAAAUUAAAAGCAAGGUACCCUCAUCUGGGACAAAAGUCUGGAGGUUCCGAUUUUUUAAGGAAAUUAUUGCAGAAAGGGCAAAAAUAUUUUGAUUCUGGGGAUUACAACAUGGCUAAAGCAAAAAUGAAGAACAAGCAACUUCCUACUGCAACCCCGGAUAAGACAGAGGUCACUGGUGACCGCAUUCCCACUCCACAGGACCUUCCUCAAUGGAAACCAUCUCUUGUUGCUAGCAAACUGGCUGGCUGAUUAAAAAGAGCUGAACUGCAUGGAUCUUCUAAUUCCCACUAUUUCUCCUUAAUAUGUUACUCCUCUUCUUUUUAUUUCCUUUUACUCCCUAUGUCAUUUGAGAGUGAUGGCUUUGC